GUCACGUGAUAGAGGACCGUCUGUGGUUGGUGAUGUGACACUGCUGCUGCUAGCACUCUUUAGCUAAGUUUGUUGACUUUCGCAAUUACUCGCUCCUCCCGAUCGUUGGGAAAAACCUAGCAAAAAUGGACAACAGUGGCAAAGAAAAAGAAGCCGCGGCUUUAAUGGCGGAGGCGGAGAAGAAGUUAAAGUCUUCCCAGUCGUUUUUCGGCUCGUUGUUUGGGAGUUCCUCCAAGUUAGAAGAGGCCUGUGACAUGUAUGUGAGGGCAGCCAACAUGUACAAGAUGGCCAAGAACUGGUGUGGUAAGAGUGCCAUGAUCCUGUCAUCGUUUUUCUCCGUGUAUGUAACUAUGAUGACCCUUUUAACGUACCACCUCAUCCUUUCAGCUGCAGGAAAUGCAUUCUCCAAGGCUGCUCAUCUUCACCUGCAAAUGCAGAGCAAACACGAUGCAGCAACUAACCUGAUAGAUGCUGGAAACGCUUUCAAAAAAGCAGAUCCACAAGAGGCUAUCAACUGCUUAAACCGAGCUAUCGAGAUAUACACAGAUAUGGGUCGUUUCACCAUCGCAGCAAAACAUCACAUCAGCAUCGCAGAGAUAUAUGAGACAGAGUUGGUGGACAUCGAGAAGGCCAUUGCCCACUAUGAACAAGCAGCAGAUUAUUAUAAAGGUGAAGAAUCCACCAGUUCAGCAAACAAGUGCCUUCUGAAAGUGGCGACCUAUGCAGCUCAGCUGGAGCAGUACCAAAAGGCUAUAGAGAUCUAUGAACAGGUUGGCACCCAUGCAAUGGACAGUACGCUCCUGAAAUACAGUGCCAAGGAUCACUUCUUCAAGGCAGCUCUGUGUCACUUUUGUGUAGACAUGCUAAAUGCAAAGCUUGCCGUGCAGAAGUAUGAAGAAAUGUUUCCAGCAUUUUCAGACUCCAGAGAGUGCAAGCUGUUGAAGAAACUUCUAGAUGCAUAUGAAGAACAGAACGUGGAUGCAUAUACUGAUGCGGUGAAGGAAUUUGACACCAUUUCCCGAUUAGACCAGUGGCUCACCACCAUGCUUCUACGCAUCAAGAAGACCAUACAAGACGACGAGAGUGACCUCCGCUGACUUACCUCCCAGCUCUCAACAACCAGCUUACAUCCUUGUUUUUGCCUUGAAGCUCCGUCUUUUAUUCCCGCUAUUUUCAUCAGUUUAUGAGCCCUGCACUCUUUUCUGCCAUCUAUGUUGUGUCUUUGUUGCCUUUUAUUCCAAUCAGAAAAGUCUUUAUAUCAUACACAUGAACACUAUUUCCCUGAGUGCGCUCCGCACCCAAUACCUUAGUUAUACAUUACUUUGCAACAGGUGUUGGCCCAGUUCUGGUCAGAAUAUUCAUGAUUGGGAUGCAAUACCGAAUAAUCAUACCAGCAUACUUGUAUGAUAAAGAUUUAAUUUUAAUUUCACUGUCAUGUGAUGUAUGAGAGAAUGACAACUAGGCCAACAGUUUGAUAUGUCCAGAAUAAACUAAACUAACUGAAAUGCGUGUUCUGCCUGAAGCGGUAAAAUUUGGGUUUUGGUUCUUAUGGAUGCUGAAGGAGUUCUGCAGGUCACAUCAGGGCACUUCUAAUUAAAUGCCUCUUCAGCUGCUGAGAUGCUGGAAGAGUCCGAGGCUUUGCCACAGGAAAUAUCCCUCCUCUGCCUUAAGCUGCUCUCAGGGUAUGCAUGGCAGAAUUUGACUCCAAUAAAGUAAUGAUCAUAAGGAUUAGGAGUGAUCUUGUAUGUUUGUUUUCAGUUAUUUUAUUCCUGAAUAGAUUUUAAAAAAUUAACCUUGAUCUUUGUGAAGAGUUGCAUGGCUUUGAAUUGAAGAGUGGUUAAGGAGUUCAAGUGGUUUUCCACAGUGAACGAAUGCUGUUUUGGUUUUUUGUAACCCUCAUGUUUGUAACCAGGCUGAUUAAAAAUCAGUUUUUAUGGCCUGCUGGAGAUGCAAUACAUCAACGCAAAAAAUCUUUACUGAUCCUGACACUGUGCUGGUAUCUCCUCCUGAUGAUCCUGUGACACAUUUGAUGUAAAAGAGUUUGUGUUGUUUCCUGUUGAAUAAACCUUGUUGUACCUGCA